AUGGCGGAUUUACCACCCGCAUACGAGGAAGUUCAACGCGGAACGGAAAGCAAACCAGACUGGAGUGGCGACUCGAAGACACCCCAGAGGAUCAACAUUCGAAAUGAAGUCGGCGCUUCAAGGUCACAGCACGUCGCAGCUCUCGUUGUGAAUUUGGUACCACAAGUGAGAUGGCGGGCGAAAAGCGGCUUGUCGAAAAUGACGUUCCUGUUGAUGCCUUCUGACCAAGGUAACGUAAAACAAGUUCAUCGCAACUGUCCACAGUAGGCUGACCGGCCUGGUACCAGUGGAGACCAGUAAGAGAGGCCAACUAGUAGGAAUCUCAGAGAACGAUCAGCCUGUGCUCUUCCACCUCGAAGGACGUCAUGAUGGGAGCGACUUCUGGACGCAACAAGAACCGAUCAUGGAACUGCGCGAUCAGAUGCUUGCAGAGCUCGUGGGCGAUGAACCGCAACUGGCCGAACAGCCACUACCUGAGAGACCUGUAUCACCGCCCGCUGCGAGAUCGUUCUGGAGCAGAAGACAAGCGAAGGCACCUGUGGUGAGACCGCAGCCGACCAAAGCUCCGAUUUCAGUGGAAGUCCAGAUCGAGCAGGUCCAUUUUCGCAUGGAAAAUAAGUAUGGUCUCUACGAGACUUCGAGAGCCCGGGCGGUGAUGAUGGUGGUUGAUGUCACGUAG